AUGGGCGCGGCAGUGUCCCAGCCGCAGUCUGCGCUUACUGCAGCUGCUUCGGCGGGCAAGGCGCAGCCUGGCGCGGACCCGUUCUUCGCUGAACUCGGCGGCGAGGUCCACUAUGAUCGCUCGAUGGGCUCCUCGCGGUUCCUGAAGGCUGUCAGGGGGAGGCAUCGCCAGGGAGCGCUCGUCGUCAAGGUGUUUGUCAAGCAGGACCCCUCUAUCUCGCUCAAGCCGUUCGUUCGCAGGCUGAAAGCCGAGCGGGAAGCUCUCGCGGAUUGUCCGAAUGUGCAGGCUUACGGAAGAGCAAUUGAGACGGAACGAGCGGGAUACCUGAUGCGGCAGUGGGUUGCAAGCAACCUCUACGACCGUAUCAGUACUCGACCUUUCCUCUCGUCCGUCGAGAAGCGGUGGAUCGCCUUCCAGCUUCUGACUGGCCUCAAGUACGCACGUGAGCGAGGGAUCUCGCACGGCGACAUCAAGACCGAGAACGUUGUCGUGACAUCGUGGAAUUGGGUCUACCUCACCGACUUCUCCUCCGCCUUUAAGCCGACGCAUCUUCCGCUCGACGACCCCUCCGAAUUUUCCUUCUACUUCGACACCUCAUCGCGUCGAACCUGCUACAUCGCGCCCGAACGCUUCUACUCUUCUGACUCCGAGACCGCCAAGAAGAAGGAGUCGCUCGAGAUUGGCAAGCGGGACGGCAAGAUCACAGAAGCGAUGGACGUCUUCUCGCUCGGCUGCGUCUUGGCGGAGUUGUGGAUGGAGGGGACGCCACCGUUCACACUCAGCCAGCUCUUCAAAUAUCGGCAGGGCGAGUACAGCUUGGAGUCAUACCUAGCAGAGAUUGAGGAUAUCGAGAUUAGGUCCCUCAUCCGAAGCAUGGUCUCCCUCGAUCCCUCCUCUCGACUCUCCUUCUCCAACUAUCUCAACCAGUACCGCGGAACCGCGUUUCCCGAGAUCUUCUACACCUUCCUCCAUCCCUUCCUCUCCUCCCUGACCGACUCUGCCUCGUCCUCCGCGCCCCCACCCGUACCGAGCCGACCAGGAACAACAACACCCGUUACUGGCGAUGGCGCUGGACUUGCUGCGCGACAGGAGCACACCCUCUUGCGGACGGAUGCGGACGACAAGAUUGAGCGAGUGUGGACGGAAUGGGAGAUUGUCGCGCGGUAUCUGGACGAGACGGUGCCGAAGGAAGACCUGCAGAAGGAUGCGCCAAUAUCGGACGAGCGACAUAAGCGCCACUCGCCUGCAGAAACCUUCUUCCCGAUCUGCUUGCACCUUCCCGGACAGGAGGGCAAUGUCGUAGCCUCGGGUGCUAGCCAAGACGGACCAGCUCUCGUCAUCCUCGCCCUCGUCUGCGCAAACGUCCGCAACUGCGUCCGACCAGCAUCCGUCCUACGCGCCCUUGAGAUCUUGCUCGCCCUGAACCGCUACUUGACGGAUGAGACGCGGCUUGACCGCCUCGUGCCGUACCUCGUCACGCUCCUUUCCGACGAUGCGGCGACGGUGCGAGCGAUGGCACUCCGGGUACUGACGCAGACGCUCAUGCUUGUUACUACGCUCACGCCUUCGAACGUCGACGUCUUCCCCGAAUACAUCUUCCCGAACGUCCGACCACUCGCCAACGACGUCGACAUUCUUCCUCGCGAGACCUACGCACUCUGCAUCACGCCGCUCGCCCGCACCGCCCGGAGGUUCCUCGACUUGGCCGAGGCGCUCAAGACGGAAGGCGCGUUCGAGUUGUCGGGACUGCAAGACUUUGAGAGUUCGCCGUACACGGGCAACUUCGACUCGCGCCUGCAAGAACUCCACGCUCUGGUGCAAGAGCACAUUGGCCCGCUUCUCACUGACCCGUCAACUGCCGUCAAGCGAGCCCUUCUUUCGAACAUUGGCGACCUCUGCGACUUCUUCGGCCGUCUCAAGGCGAACGACGCAGUUCUCGCUCACCUCGUCACCUACCUCAACACGCGCGACUGGCUGCUGCGGAAAGCGUGGAACGAGCACGCUGUUGACGUCGCAAAGUGCGUAGGGCCACGCAGCCUUGAGGAGUACAUCCUCCCGCUCAUCACGCUCAGCUUGGCCGACCCUGAAGAGUUCGUCGUCGUCCAGGUCCUCGAGUCAUUGACCUCGCUCGCGUCUCAGCGGCUGCUCACAAAGGGCAAGAUCUGGGAGCUAGUCAGCCCAGUCGUCAGCUUCCUCUGUCACCCGAAUAUCUGGAUCCGCGAAGGCGCGGCCCUCUUCCUUUCGACCGUUGCGUCCCUUCUCGAGCCGACCGACAAGUGGUGCAUCCUCUACCCGACCAUCAAGCGCCUCCUCCGUUCGGACGUCAAGGAGAUCACGGCGCUCUCGCUGCUCGACAACGCGCGAGAACCUAUCUCGAGGGUCGUCUUCGAAGCUGCGGUGGCGUGGGCCGGCAAGAAUGGGAAGAGUCACUUCUGGUCGGCGACAAAGGGACCUGCGAAGGGCGCGCCUCGAGAUGCGGGUGUGCGGACAGACGAAGACCAUGCUCAGCUCGAGCGGCUGAGGCAGCUCGGCAUGUCGAUCGAGGACGAGUACAAGCUGACGGCCAUGCGAGAUUACAUCGCCAAGAUCGCGUCGAGCCGACAAGCCAUGCCUUCACGAGGUUUCGACUCGCCCGACGCCCUCACGCCUUCUUCGUCGACCGCCAAUCUUCAAGACCUCGGCAUCGUCCCGCAAACCAUCUUCUUCUCGGUACGGUCGCCUGAAGAGAUGCUCAAUGUCGCAAGGAGUCGACUACAGGGCGACACCCUCACUCGCCGUUUUUCGUCAACGUCCGCGACUAGCUCGCCCCGUGCUCCUGCUUCCCUCGACCUCAACCGCCCUGUUGGCAGUCGCACCGUCAGCGGACAGCCCAUCGAGGACUUGCGAAGACGGCUUGCUGCCGGUGCAGCCGUCAAGUCGGAUUCGUCAGCAUCCCCGGCCAGCGUGCAGGAUGGCACCGAAUCCGACUCGACCGCUCAUGCCCCGACGCCGAAGGCUGACCGCCUCGACCUGCAUCGCACCGUGUCGAACGCUUCGACGGAUGCGUCAGAAACCACGACAGCGACUACAGCAACUUCGACUUCGACGGUCCCGAAGGUUCGUAGCCGGAUCCGCCUGAACGCUGUCGAGGUCGGCAAGGUCACCGCAGCGGUCGCCGAAGAUCCGACGAACGCGAUGGGCCUAUUCGACGUCGACGCGCGGUACAAGGCGAGCGCAGGUGACGGCGCGUCGGUCACUGGCGACGCUUUCUCGCAGGCGCCGACUCCCGUCGAGAAAGGCGGACCAGCGAAACAACUUCCUCUGCCGCAGCGCUUGGUUUCGACAUACGAGGGCAACGAUCCGAACAUCAAGCAGCUUCUCGAGCGGAACUACCUCGACAGCUACCGCGAGCCGCUGCCCGAACUCGGUCCGCAUGUUCCGCCAGGCAUCCCUCGUCGCAAAGCGCUGCGAACGAAUUUUCCGCCUCGCGAACGGACACCGAACCGACCGGAAGGCACGCUUAUCGCUCACCUCGUCGAACACACGGAUGCCAUCGUCUCGAUCCAGGUCUCGCCAGACCAGCUCUUCUUCGUUACCGGCUCUCUCGACGGCACAGUCAAGGUCUGGGAUGCGAUGCGCCUCGAGAAGAACGUGACGAGCAAGUCAAGGCAAACGUUCCAGCAGGGCGGCAAGAUCACGUCGGUCUGCAUUCUCGACAACUCGCAUUGCGUUGCGAGCGCUUCGACGAACGGCUCGAUUUGGAUUCACCGCGUCGACGUCAGCUUGUCGGGCCAGAUGCCGCGCUACAGCAAGCCGCAGCUGAUUCGGCAGUAUACGGUCGACGAUGGCGGUCAUGCGACCUGUCUCGCCAGCUACAACACCGACACCUCGACCAACCUCGUCUUCGGCACCUCCCUCUCAAGCAUUGUCGUCCUCGAUAUCCGAAAGAUGCGCGCCGAGCACGAGUUCGCCAACCCUCGCCACUUCGGUCCAGUUACGGCUCUCUGCCUCGACCGCAAGCACCUUUGGCUCGUCUCGGGCACGGCAAACGGCGUCUUGAGCGUCUGGGACCUCCGCUUCGGGCUCUUGCUGAGAAGCUGGAGUAUCGGACCGAGGCGGAUCCACCAGAUUGCGGUGCAUCCGGUCAAGGGUAAAGGGAGGUGGAUCGUUGUUGCGGCCGACCCGGACGACGGCUUGUCUUCAGCUGGCUCGUCAGACUUCAGCAAGCCCCGCCGCUCGAGUUCGGCUGCGACUGCCCCUUUGCCCGGCACGACUGUCGCCGAGGUCUGGGACAUCGACCGCGGUCACAAGGUGGACGAGUUCCGCAUCGUCUCGCCGCAGCAGCAGUCGGCGCAGAGCACCGCUCUCGCAAACCGUACCAACGUCUUCGCCAGCAGUGCUCCGGCGACGUCGAGUGUCUCGAUGCAGGACGCCUCGCUCGACCCAGCCGCCGCAAUCGAAGCGCUUCUCGCCGCCUCUACCGCUCCUCAGCCAGCCGCAACCGCCAAGUCGAGCGAGGCAGGUCGACAAGCUGUUCCGCCCAUCCAGCCAACGGUUCGAGCGUUCCUCCUCGGCACCGACUACUCGAUGCAGACGACGACCCGCCCAGCCGCAAGCCACCUCGUCACGCUGCAGGAUCAGCAAGACGGCUACGGUCGCGAGGCGGCUGCGAAGGGCGCGGCAGGGAAGGACAAGGACGGAGGGUUCCUCAUUACUGGCGGGGAGGACCGCAAAUUGCGGUUCUGGGAUCUGGGGCGCGUCAGUAGAAGCGCAGUUGUGAGCGGUUUGGGCAUCGACGAGGAGGUGCCGACGUUCAGCACGCAUACGUCGACCGUCCGCCCUUCACCGCAAGCCGACCCCAUUCAAAGCACGAUCCACCUCGAGUCGACCGCUCCUCCUCCCACCCCCUCGCAACCUUCCUCCUCCUCUCGGCCCUCCCGUCCCGCCGCGCCCCCCUCCUCGCGCGUCCACCGCUCCACCCUGAUCGCCAACUCGCAGCAACAGCUUCUCCGCGCACAUCAGGAGGCGAUCACGGCUGUCAACGUGCUGGACUUGCCGUUCAGGUGCGUUGUGAGCGGCGACAGGGCGGGUGUCGUGAGGGUGUUUGAGUAG